GUAGACAGCGUAUAUUGAAAACCGGUCCCAGCUGGUGGGAAAGACAUCACGCAUUGCUCGUGAGGGAAUGAGGUGGAGGAUUUCGAAAGGAGCUAUCAAAAUUAGAAAUGAAUCCCGCUGACAUCAUCUGCAUGAUUGGAACAUCCGUCCUCUUUGUCGUAGAAGUUUACGGGCAGCAAUCACAAUCUCCAGCCGAUAUAUCAAAGGUGAUUGAUAAAGAGACAAAACCAGCUGGUUCGGAAGGAAGGUUGAAUUGUACAGUCACUGGGGUAGACCAGGCGGGAGGCUCCGUCAUGUGGUCUAAACUAGGGAGGACCCAGGUGGACACCGUAUUGAUAUCGAGAGGACAGCAAAUUGUCAAGAAGAAUCCCUUAGGCCCGAAAGGAUUGAAAAAAUACGAUGUAUUUGUGACUCACAUCUCGGCAACCAAGCAAAUCUAUAGCCUAGCCAUCAGACGAAUCAUUUCAGAGGACAGCGGAAAGUAUGAAUGCAAGAUAUAUUUGCCUGGGUUGGAUGCGGAGAAGCUGCCGGUAGCUCGUGGCGAUUUGGUAGUGCAAUUGCCACCAAACAUGAUGAAGACGGACAUAACGCCAUCAGUCCAGGCGGUCGAGGGUUCGAACGCUAAACUUACGUGCGAUGCUACCGGUGUCCCAAAGCCAAGGAUCUCGUGGUCGAGGUCCAAUGGAAAAGCCAUGCCGGACGGACAGCAAACUGUUUACGGAACCGAAAUACUGCUGACAAACGUGUCUUCCAUACACGGUGGUGUCUACAGAUGCAAAGCGGACAACAACGUCCGUCCUCCCGCGACAAUGGACAUCACUCUGCAGAUUCGGACGAAACCUGUCGCCAGAGCUUUCCGGGGGAGCUAUGGCCAGGCGCGUGAUAAGAACCUAGAGGUCGAGCUGGCAUGCCUGAUAUCAGGUGACCCCCAGCCAGACCUCUUUUGGUACAAAAUAAAGAACAAGGAGACAAUGGCGAUGUCGCCUAUCAGCGACGACAACAAACAUGAAGUCAAUAAAAUCGGGAUUUACCCCGGUCACAACAGGGGGCAAAGUGACCAGUGGCUGACGCUGAGGAUACUGCAGCUACAGUCUGGCGACUAUGGCACAUAUAUGUGUCUUGGCAAAAACAAAUUCGGCAAUGGAAGCGCGUUUAUUGUGCUUUAUCUGACGCCGACCUGCCAAGGCCCUCUCUGCCAGUUCCAAUCGAGAUACCUCGGCGGUGGGACUACUCUCUCUGUCUCUGUGACGCUCCUCUUAUUCGCACUUGGAUGGGCGCAUAUUAUGCUGGCAAAGACAUAGCGCAUCAAAUUGCUAGCAAAUGGAAACAGCUACGAUAUUAGGCAGGUUACGUUAGUCGACGAACGACGAAGUGCUAAUUCAUCUAAAAGUUCAAAAAUUCAUUCGAGAUUUGCGGUGGUGAAUCUCUCGUGUCGUCGUCAGGAGUGUUCUGAGUGUAAAAAUAUAUUUUGAUAAGACUUAGGCAUUGUGUAAUUGAACUGCUGAAAGAAAAUAUAGAAACUCAGGAACACUCAAAUCAACAGUUUCAAAUCAAACUGUGUUUUUUAUUUUCUAGAGGCCAAUGCUUACAUUUUAUGGAUUGUAU